CGUGUAGCUAAUAAUUUCAAACUAGUUUACUUUACAGACUAGCAUUCUAUAUUAUUAUUAUACAAUAAAGUAAACAAUUUAUUGUCAAUUUUCCAUCAGUGAACAAAUCUGAAAUUCUUUUAGUUGUAUUGAAUGCCCAAGACAGUAACACAAAGUAAGGCAAUGAAGAAACCAAUUAAACAUGUACCGUUUCUUCUUCUCCUAUCAUUUUUACCAUCCAUCCUCAAGAUUUCGACAGCUAUAGAUAUCAUUAAUACAACUCAGAUUCUUAGAGAUGGCGACACCCUGGUUUCAUCAGGGGGAAGAUUUGAACUGGGAUUUUUCAGCCCUGGUAACUCCAAUAAUCGGUAUGUGGGAAUUUGGUACCAAAAGAUACCUAAUAGCACUGCAGUUUGGGUAGCCAACAGGGAAAUUCCAGUAAGAAGUUCAUCAGGCAUCUUGAAAGUAAUGGAGCCGGGUAUCUUGGUCGUUCUGAAUGACACUAAUAACAUCAUAUGGUCUUCCAAUACAUCAAGAGUUGCUCGGACACCGGUUUUACAAUUGUUGGACACUGGAAAUCUUGUCCUUAGAGAAGCAAAUGAUGAUCGUCCAGAUAAUUUUCUUUGGCAGAGUUUUGAUUAUCUAAGUGAUACGUCCCUACCAGACAUGAGUAUUGGUUGGAAUUUUGUAACAGGAGUAGAGAGCUACCUGUCAUCAUGGAAGACCAAUGACGAUCCAGCUAGAGGGGAUUUCACAUUUUGGUUGGAUCCAACUGGAUAUCCACAGCAAGUCAUAAAAAGAGGUACAACUACUCUGUAUAGAAUAGGGCCAUGGAAUGGUCUUGCCUUUAGCGGGCAAACAAACUCAGCGCAGGAUAUGAAUUUCAGAUAUGUAUUUUUCAUGAAAAAGGACAAGGCAUACCAUAGGCUAGAGGCCAUUGACAAUUCAAUUAUUUCAAGGAUUAUCCUGACUCAGGCUGGUACUGUACAACGUUGGACAUGGGUCGAUCGGAUCCAUGACUGGAUCCCUUAUGUCAAUUUUCCAGCAGAUAAUUGUGAUACUUAUAAAUUGUGUGGUGCUUAUGGUAGUUGCAAUAUUGCAAAUACUCCUGCAUGUGUAUGUCUUGAUAAAUUUGAGCCAAAAGAUCCAGAAGGUUGGAGUAGGUCAGAUUGGACGAAUGGUUGCAACCGAAGGACACCCUUGAAUUGUUUAAAGGAACAGAAGAAUACUCUCACUUUUCAACUUCUAUCUGCUAAAUUACAUGCUUAUAUUAUUCAUGUUUCAGGAAGUGGUACUGAAGCUCAUAACAAAGACUAUGAGCUGCCAAUGUUCCGCGCAUCUACAAUUUUGAAAGCCACCAAUAACUUUUCCGUCAACAAGAAGCUUGGACAAGGUGGAUACGGGCCUGUUUAUAAGGGAACUUUGGAAGAUGGACAAGAUGUUGCUGUGAAAAGGUUGUCAAAAACUUCCAUGCAAGGACUUGAUGAAUUCAAGAAUGAAGUUAUUUGUAUCGCUAAACUUCAGCAUCGAAAUCUUGUGAAGCUUCUAGGAUGCUGCAUAGAAGGAGAAGAAAAGAUGCUCAUUUAUGAAUACAUGCCCAACAAAAGCCUGGACUUGAUUUUAUUUGAUCAAACCAGAAGUGCAUUACUUGAUUGGCCUAAGCGCCUCCAAAUUGUUAAUGGAGUGGCUAGGGGAUUAUUGUAUAUUCAUCAAGAUUCCCGAAUGAGAAUUAUUCAUAGAGACCUCAAAGCGAGCAACAUAUUGCUAGAUACUGACAUGAAUCCUAAAAUAUCUGACUUUGGCAUUGCUAGAAGUUUUGGAGGGAAUGAAACCGAAGAUAAGACAAGCAAAGUAGUUGGAACAUAUGGUUACAUGGCACCAGAAUACGCAGUGCAUGGACGGUUCUCACAAAAAUCAGAUGUAUUUAGUUUUGGAGUUCUAGUUCUGGAAAUUGUGAUUAGCAAGAGAAAUAGUGGAUUUUCCCAUGGAGAUCAGCACCUCAACCUUCUUGGACAUGCAUGGACACUUUAUAAAGAAGAAAGGUCAUUGGAACUAGUUGAUGCUUAUCUACGUGAGACAGCUAAUCUAUUUGAAGUUCUACGAUUAAUCCAUGUGGGUCUUUUGUGUGUGCAACAAUGUCCAGAUGAUAGGCCAAGCAUAGCUUCAGUGGUUGCAAUGUUGGGAAAUGAUGCUGCGUUGCCUCAGGCAAAUCAGCCUGGUUUUUUCGCAGGAAGAGAUGUAUCCAUAGGUAAAAGUAUAAAUAGUUGUUCAUCCAAUGAAAUAACCAUUACCCAGCUGGAAGCAAGAUGAGUGUAUAUUAAUUUUUAUUAUCUAGGUACUAUUUUAUUUAAUUUGUUCAUGUAAAUACUUCCUAGCUCCAUAUUGUGAUUUUGUACCGUUCGCUAUUGUGGAAUCAAUU